CACACAGUCCCACACCCCCACAUGUAGUAGUCUUUUCAUACCCGCUCUGUGCAAGGACGGUAAAGAGGAGGAGGAGAGAGAGACAGAGGGAAGUGAUCAGCGACAUGGUUUCAGAUGAUCUUCUGAAAGAGAAAGAGAGAGAGGGAGAGAGUUCUUACGGAGGAGAAGUGAGAGGUUUUGUGCACCAGAGUAAUAGAUGGAAGGCAUAUUGUCGUUGGACCAAACCUACAGCAUAUCUUCUUGAUCGAGAAUCUCCAAUGGAUACUACUGAGGAGGGAAUAGUUGCGAAAGAGCCCUUCUCUGGGAAAUACCCUCACACUAUCCACAACGUGAGGAAGAUGACAAACAAUACUGUGAGUGAGCUGGAAGAAAUCUUGAAUGAGCAUGAAAAGAUAGCAAAGCAUUUAGAAGCUCGUGACAUGGAAAUUAAGAAUCUUCAAAAGGAGUUGGAGGAGGAGAGAAGGAAGAUCUACAUGGAUCUUAAGAACCGUGAAAAAGAGUUGGAGGAGAAGAGAAGAAACAUUGAGGAGGCAAGGGAGAUCGACAAGGAUAUUAAGAAUCAUGAAAAAGAGUUGGAGGAGGAGAGGAGGAAGAUCAACACUGAGAAGAAAGCAGCUGAAAAAGCUUUAAGGCUGGCAGAAGACCGAAAGAUAGAAAACGAAAAGCUCCGUAGUAGGAUAGUUGAACUGCAGAAGAAUCUUCAAAAUGCUUCAACUUUGGCCGGAAAACAGAAGAGAGGGGAAGAAGAGCUCUGUAGUAUGAUUUUUGAAUUGCAGAAGAAACUUGAAAAUGCUUUAAGGUUGGCAGGAGAACGAGAGAUAGGAGAGGAAAAGCUCCAUAGAAGGUUUGCUGAACUGCACCAGAAACUUGAUUCCAAGAAGGCACUAUGGCGGAAGGAAAAGGGAAAUCUCAAUAGAAGGGUUGCUGAACUGCAGAAAAAACUUAAGUCCAAGAAGGCACUGAAGUUGGCACUAAAAGUCAUAAGAGAAUUCGAUGAGGAUGGGCAAGUGGGGCUCGAGAACAAGAUGGAUGGUGCGGUGGAACUUAAGAACGAGACCAAUGCGAUUCACCAAGAUAUGAAAGAAAAGGACAAACAUAUUGAACAUCUGGAAUCGCUCAUUAGCAUUCUUACAGCUAAGGAGCUGAAGAGCAAUGAUGAGUUGCAAGAAGCCCGCAAAGAGUUAAUCAACGGUUUCUUGGAUAGCCAUGCUUACAUUAGUGUCAAGAAAAUGGGAGAGCUUGAUAGUAAGCCCUUCCAAACUGCAACGAAGAGAAGGUACGUGGAUGAAGCAGCAACUGAUGGCGAAGUGACAACCAAGAGAAAAUAUGAUGAAGAUGAAACAACAGAUGAACAAGCCAUAGAGUUGUGCUCGUUGUGGGAGAGUUAUCUAAGGGAUCCAAGCUGGCAUCCUUUUAAGGUCAUCUGCAUGGAAGGAGAUCAUAAGGAAGUGAUCAACGAGAAGGAUGAGAAAUUGAAAACCUUGAAGGAACAACUUGGCAAUGAAGUCUAUGAGGCUGUAACAAUAGCCUUGAUUGAAUUGAACGAUUAUAAUCCUAGUGGACGUUACCCCGUGCAUGAACUGUGGAAUUUUAAGGAGGAGAGGAAGGCAACAGUAAAGGAGGGAGUAUCUCACCUGCUGAAACAGUUGAAUUUGUAUAAACGAAGGAAUUUGUAUAAACGGAGGAGAAAGUCUCGUUCUUGAUGUGGUCUUCUUCUACUUUUGUUGGGGGGGAGGAAAGUUUGGUAGCAGAUUACCUAGGUAAAUAACAUGCAGCUCUAAAGCUUUCUAUUUUGAUUCUGCCCAUCUUGUUUUUUGCACUCUUUUGUGGAAUCAUAGGAUGGGUGUUUCCCCCUGUUUUGUUUUUGAUUCAAAACGAUGUACUAAGAACUUCUAACUUUUUGAGAUCAAACACUGAUCUUGUAUAUA